CUUACCCAACUGUUGGAAUUUCUUCUUUGAAUUAGUUGUAGUUUCCCAAUUUUUUUGCUCUCCAUUUUACUCAUUAACUCUAAAAAUCAAUAGCUAUUUUCAGUUAAAUUACUAAAUUGAGUAAAAAUACAGUUACAUUUCUUUGUAAAUCACACUGUAGUCUUAGCCAUGCAUCCAUCCUAAAACUUUCCGCAAAUUAACGUAUGGUGGAGAAUCACUCAUCUCAUUUUUCCCAAUGCCUUUAUAUACCCCCAUCCUAAUUCUCUAUCUCACAAUCAAAAAAAAAAAUUGAAUUUUCUUACCUUAAUAUCAUCUCAUUUAUUAAAUAAAAAUUACAAGAAAAAAAAAAGUAGAAAAUAUAAAAAGAAUAGUGUUAUUCUUCUUCAAUUUUUCGUAUACAAUUUGAUCAUUUAGAAUAAAUUCAAUGGCGUCUUACUUCCUAAAGAUCACUGCUAUUCUUUAUAUUGCAAUAACAGUUGCCGAAGCAACAUUUCUUAUUCCAGCCAUAUUAGGAGGGGGCCUCCAUCAUGGAGGUCAAUUAGGUGGCAACUUUCGCUUCAAUCACCAAUUAGGAGGAGGAUUCAAUGCAGGUGGAAGUAAGGAAGUUUCAGUUGGAGGUGGAGGGGGAGGCGGAUUUGGAGGCAAUGCACAAUUUGGAGGCAAUGCUAAUUUUGACAAACAUAUUGGAGGUGGAAUUGGAGGCGGAUACGGAGGCCAAGUGACACCGCAAGGUAAUGCACAAUUUGGAGGUAAUGCUAAUUUUGACAAACGUAUUGGAGGUGGAUUUGGAGGCGGAUUCGAAGGUAAUGCACAAUUAGGAGGCAAUGGUAAUUUUGACAAAAAUAUUGGAGGGGGAUUCGGAGGCAACGGAAAAUCGCAAGUUAAUGUACAAUCAGGAGGUAAUGCACAACUAGGAGGCAAUGGUAAUUUUGAAAAACAUAUUGGAGGCGGAUUCGGAGGUAAUGCACAAUUAGGAGGCAAUGGUAAUUUUGACAAAAAUAUUGGAGGGGGGUUCGGAGGCAACGGAAAAUCGCAAGUUAAUGUACAAUUAGGAGGUAAUGCACAAUUAGGAGGCAAUGAUAAUUUUGAAAAACAUAUUGGAGGCGGAUUCGGAGGUAAUGCACAAUUAGGAGGCAAUGGUAAUUUUAACAAAAAUAUUGGAGGGGGAUUCGGAGGCAACGGAAAAUCGCAAGUUAAUGUACAAUCAGGAGGUAAUGCACAAUUAGGAGGCAAUGGUAAUUUUGAAAAACAUAUUGGAGGCGGAUUCGAAGGUAAUGCACAAUUAGGAGGCAAUGGUAAUUUUGACAAAAAUAUUGGAGGGGGAUUCGGAGGCAACGGAAAAUCACAAGUUAAUGUACAAUCAGGAGGUAAUGCACAGUUAGGAGGCAAUGGUAAUUUUGAAAAACAUAUUGGAGGCGGAUUCGGAGGUAAUGCACAAUUAGGAGGCAAUGGUAAUUUUGACAAAAAUAUUGGAGGGGGAUUCGGAGGCAAUGGAAAAUCGCAAGUUAAUGUACAAUCAGGAGGUAAUGCACAAUUAGGAGGCAAUGGUAAUUUUGAAAAACAUAUUGGAGGCGGAUUUGGAGGUAAUGCACAAUUUGGAGGCAAUGGUAAUUUUGAAAAACAUAUUGGAGGCGGAUUCGAAGGUAAUGCACAAUUAGGAGGCAAUGGUGAUUUUGACAAACAUAUUGGAGGCGGAUUCGGAGGUAAUGCACACUUAGGAGGCAAUGCUAAUAUUGACAAGCAUAUUGGAGGGAAAUUCGGAGGCCAUGGGACAUCGCAAGUUGAUGUACAAUCCGGAGGUAAUGCACAAUUUGGAGGCAAUGCUAAUUUUGACAAACGUAUUGGAGGGGGAUUCGAAGGCCACGGGAAAUCGCAAGUUAAUGUGAAAUCAGGAGGUAAUGCACAAUUUGGAGGCAAUUCUAAUUUUGACAAACAUAUUGGAGUUAAUGUAGGAGUCAAUACAGGUGGAAAUGUAAGAGGUUCAGGUGAAGGGAAUAUGGAUAAAAGUUCUGAAAGUUCUGUAGGCUCUAACUAUGGUGUAAAUGGUGGAAGUUCAAAUAAAGGAACAAGCCGAGGUAAAUCACAAUUGGAUAGCAACGUUAACAAGAAUAAACAAAGUGGAGGAUCUACAACCUCCAAUGAUGGUGUGAAUGAGGGAGUUUCGUCCUCAAACCAACAUAAAAGCUUAAGCCAAGAUAAAUCAAAAUUGGAUAGCAACGCCAACAAUUAUAAACAAGGUGGAGGAUCUACAAGCUCCAAUAAUGGUGUAAAUAUGGGAGUUUCGGGCUCUGACCAAUAUAAAAGCUCAAGCAAAGGUGUUUCAGGCUCAAACCAAGAUAAAAGAUCAAGCCAAAGUCAUGUAAAAAAUUCAAGCCAAUACGACUCAAGCACAACACAUAAUUCAAGUAUAGGUCAAGAGUCAAAAGCCAACACAAACCAAGGCAUUGGUAAAGGAUCAAACGGAUCUUGUGAAAACUCAUCUGAACAAAAUACUAAUUCAUCUAGAACGUCUUUAGAUCAUGGAUCUAAGAAGUCUUCAGAAAAUUCCUCAGGCAAAGAAUCAACUAAUCAAAAUUCAAACGAGUCUUUAGGAAAAACACCUAGCCAAGCUUUUGACAAGUCAUAUGGCAAAUCGUCGGAGAAAUCUUCUCAACACGGAGAAGGUCAACAAAUGUCAGGCAAUAAAGCUAGUGAAUCUUCUGGAAAAACUUCGAGCAACAAUAGUAACGAUUCUUCAACACGUGGAGUCAAUCAAUCAGCAAAGAACACUGUAGAACAAGGAUCAAGUAAUAAAGGAGGCACAACCUCAGAAGAUUUAUCAAGAAAAUCUUCAAAGAAAGGAGUAAGUGAAUCAUCAGGACUAACCUAUAAUAAAAAUUCAGGUCAAUCAUAUAACCAAGGAUCUGAAAAAUCUUCCACAAAAGGAUUAAACCAGUCGUCCUAUGGUAAUACUUCAAAGUCUCUCAACCAAGCCACAGGACACCAUUCGGGAGCAACUUUGACACAUGGAUCAACCAAAGCCUAUGAUAAAUCUUCAACUGAAAGAUCAAAGCAUUCUUCUAGUUCAACUCAUUUCUCUAGUCAUGAAUCAAGAUCAUCAAGCCAUUCAUCACACAAUUCUUCAAGAAAUUUAUCCUCAGGAAAAUGCACAUGCCAAGAUUUAACUAGCCCGCCGUCUACCCAAACAUCUAGAAAACUAUUAGUUAAAGCUGAAUAGAUUAAAAUACAAUACAAGGGGCAUAUAAUUGUAUUAUAUACCUCUGAUCGCUCUUGCAUUGUUGGUUGCAUGCGCCAAUAAUUAUGUUCAACCCUACUUUUCUACAUACUUAUACCCUAGGGUUUGGAAUAAUAUUUUGGACAUUGUGAUUUCGUUCAAUAUAUUUAAGCUACUAUUUUAUGAUUCAA